CAGCUUCUUUUUGGCAGGCUACUUUUUUGGUGUUGAACGAAGGAGUGUGGAAGAAUUUGAUUGACAGAUCAAGCUAAACUAAUCCAGAGGAAGUUGACUAUUAAACAUCAGAGGUGACAACAUGUCCUGGUUGUCUCCAGUCCAGUGGGCCAAAUGGACGUGGUCAGCGGUGACUGGAGGUGCAGGGGAUGAUGGGCAGCCCAGAUGGGAAGAUGGCAGAGGGAACAAUUCAGACUCAGAGGGGAGCUUUGAAACUCCAGAGGCAGAGUCCCCCGGUGUUGUGAAGCUGCCAAGCCAACUGGACAAUUCCAGCCACAUAGUUCUUCCUGAUGUUACACGCCACUUUGUGGACAAAAACUCCGAUCAGGAUGUUGUUACAGGUUUAUCUCAGGAGGUGGACUCCCUGAACAACCCUACCAUCUCCUUGGAUAACAACAGGACCUUUGGUUUGGAUCAGAACCUUAAUUUGACCCUAAGCCCCAAUUCCAGUCCAGGAGAAGGCCUCGCCCUGUCCUCUUCUCUGCCCCAGCCUCAAGUUCUCCGGCCACCAUCACUGUCUGUCAUCUCCCCGUUGAACAAACCUGAUCCUACGGAGGUCGACGACGAGGCGCUGCUGACAUCCGACUCCAGCCCAGACUCAAACUUGAUCCCCAGUCAUGACAUUUGUGUGGACCCUGAUUUACUCAAUGGCAACAUGAACUCUGAUACUGUGCUGUCAAAUACAAAACUGCCCUGUGAGACCAACAACACGAUUAUCACGUUCUCUACUGCACUUUGCUCUCGUCAUUACAUCUGCCCACAAGUACACACGUAUGUGGAUAUGGUCUGGUUUGUGUUAACACUUAUGUUGUUAUUGGCCUUCUUAUUCAGGAACUCCUGUAAAAUGAAGCAGAACCAGGUGAUGCAAAAGGAUUUAAAUGGACAGGGCGUCCACCGUGGAGGCUAUGCCACAGACGAGGAGAAGCUGGCAAGCAGUGCAGGUGUGAAACCGGACCAAAGCACCCAAGACCGCCAUGUGACAUCCAAGCCGGACAAUUUCUUCUGCUCUCAGCAGUACGAGGACACAUACAAACCAAAGAACAAGUCGGAGGGAAGUGGAGUGCAGAAAACAAGAAGUCCGGUCCUGGAUUCCAUCUCCAUCAGUGAGGCAGAAAAACAGGCCGUUCUCACCCUCAUUAGGGAGGAGAUCAUCACUAAAGAGGUGGAAGUCAAUGACUGGAAGAGCAAGUACGAGGACAGCAGACAAGAAGUCAAUGAGAUGAGGAAGAUAGUUGCAGAAUAUGAGAAGACAAUCGCUCAAAUGAUCGAAGACGAGCAGCGCAACAAGCAGAGCUCCCAGCAGGCCUUGCAUGCAGUGAUGGCGGACAAGGAAGCCGCUGUAGCAGACCUGACCUCCGUGGAGCGCUCCCUGUCUGAUAUGUUUCGACGCUAUGAAACUAUGAAGAACACCUUGGAGGGCUUUAAGAGGAAUGAAGAGGUGCUGAAGAAGUGUGCUCAGGAGUAUCUGACCAGAGUGAAGCAGGAGGAGCAGAGAUACCAGACACUUAAACUCCAUGCUGAGGAGAAACUAGACAAGGCCAAUGAGGAGAUCGCUCAGGUGCGUGCGAAGGCGAGCUCAGAGAACACAGCGCUGACCGCCAGCCUGAGGAAGGAGCAGAUGAGGAAUGAAUCUCUGGAACACGCUCUGCAGCAGAAGAAUCAAGAAAUUGAAGAGCUCACUAAGAUCUGUGACGAGCUGAUUGCCAAAAUGGGAAAAAUAGACUGAACAGUACUUCCUGUGAAUCAGCCACCACCCUGCCUUCUCGUCCUGCCUACAGUGACAUCAAGUGCAUGCCCCCAGCCAAGACGCAGAUCUUAUACCAUGCGCCAACCCUGCAUCUCAGAAGCUGCUUAUGUACAGAUGUCUAAGUUCUCUACACUACGAUUGCACUACAUGUGACCUGACUCAAGAAGGUUCUGUACAUGUCAGUCAUUGUUGGGGCUUUGUUAUAUGCGGCCGCUUCGUUUGUCUUUAGUUCUGAUUAUGAGGUCAUCUGGACCCAUUGCACUUUUGUCCAUCAUGCCAGUGAACAACAACAUGCUUGUGACUCAACUUGAAUUCCCAGCAGUUUAUCAGUUUAAAUUCCCAGAAAUUCCUUUUGUGGGAUGACUUCAGAUUGAAUGCAGGCUGGAGAGCUGUUAUAGAGUUACAUUUGGGCUUGUUCUUUCAUGUGGUUUUGAUGAGUAUUGAGAUACAUUAAAGCAACAAUCCAUCAAUAAAUUUUUAUAAUGUAAACAAGAAGAGAGAAGCUCAGGGGAAUUGUGGGGCAGAGUGAGGUCAGGGUUAAACUCAAGCUUCACGGGGGGGGGAGGAUUUAAGAUUAUUUGAGGAAAUACAGUAGUCCUUGUUCAAGAGCAGCACUGAAACCAGAAUGAGUCUCGACCACGUCAGUGAAGCUGCAGCUGUAAAACAUUCACAGUGUUUGCUUUACCUUGUUUACACUACGACAUAGUUGGGAUUCUGAACAGCUGAAGUAACUACAUGGUGUGUGUCAGUCACAGAGGUGUGUAAUACCCUGACAAUCCUAGACUUUACUGUGAUGUAUGAACUUUAAUGGCAUUGUCUUGUCCAAUCCACAAAAUCAAUACAGAGAGGGACCGAAAUCAUCUGAACCAGUGUACAUUAACUAUUCUGUGAUAAGUGUCCUGAACAUCUUGAUCAAAUUAAAACACAGUUAGCAAUGCAAGUGCUCCAAUGUGUCAACAGUUCUUCUGUUUUUUAAUCACAUUUACCUCUUACCACAAAGGAAAUAAGGAAUUUGACAGCUUUGUAAAAGGUUUUGUCUGCUGCUUACUGCGUGUGUCAUGAGCUCUGGAUUUACAGCAGUGCACUAGUUGUGCAACACAUAAAUCUGUUUCUUUGCAUGUUAAGUUUCAUAGAUGUUUCCAGCACACGGCUUUAGUAAUAACUUAGGCUGGGACUUAGUGGCUUGAUUAUCAGUGAAAAUAUUUAAUUACUGGUUCUGGUUUUAAAAUUCAUUUUUUUAAAUACUAGCUUUUUUCUACAGAAGACAUUUUCUUUCCAUUCAACAAAAUAAGCCACAUUUUUGGCCUCAAUACAAAACAGUAUGCAAUUCAAAUCAGGAAUCAUGGACUGGACAAAGAAACUGAAACAAGUUCUAAUUGUAUUACUUUAUAGUUUUCACUAAUCACUUCAGUGGAGUCAGUCAUUUGUAAAGUUUGAAUGUCCAGCCUCUUUACCACUGUGUGCAUCCACUUUUGACACAAGCCCACCAACAUGCUGCUGUUUAUAUUUGUGCCAUUCUAAUGUCCUGUCACCUCUUGUUACACAGCUGGUUUGUUGUUUAUAAAAUAUUAUUCAGUUUGAAUUUGUAAAUUAUACAUGUCAGUCUCACACUUGUACUGAUACAUUGGGGACUGUGUGUAGAGCUGCUGAAUAAACAUAAAUACAGUAUAAUUUGUUCUAUAA